ACAGAUCUAAUAAUAUUAUAAAUGGUGUGCCAUAUUUAGGCAUAAGAAACAGAUGCCAUGUGCACAAAUAAAAAGUAGUGAAUUUCACGCCCAUCCGUCAAAGUGAACAAAAACCGGAUAUUUUAUAAAGGCCCAUACAACACAAUAGCUCGUGAUUACAUCCUGUACAACGAUGAACGGAAAGCGAAAAACAGAAAGCGUUUAGUGCGAAACGAGACGUCGUUGUAACUCGUUAAUAAGCUAAUAUCAUCACGAGAACCGGGUUUGCUUAAUGUAACUGUUAUUAUUAAUGUAGAUAUGAAUUUAUGUAAAUAUGAAUUUGUGUGGUAUCGGUGCUCUGAUCUUCAUCUGCUUGUGCCUCGUUCACGAAAUUAUCGCUAUUAAAAACAUCAACGUAUCAAGAGGAUAUCUAAUUUAUAGAACGGUCUCGAUUAUUCAACAAACAUGCAAAUGUCCGAUGUCCUUUUCUUGCUCUUGCUGCCAAAGCGUCAUGAUUCUUUAUACUAAGAGACAGAAAGAUCUCUGCGUCAAUUUCACAUAUCAAAGAAAUGGAUUGAACGUGGAUAUCGCGUUGAAUUCAGAUACAAUCAGCGCAAGAACAGUUACAAAUUUCAAGACACUCCAGUUUUGUGUAUACGUUCCUGGUUGCCUUUUCUCGACCGCGUGUGUUAACAUCUUGGAGCUGAAUCAAUCUAAUAAGUCCAUUAUGGCUUGUCUUCGCCUGGAUAUUUAUGCCAAGAAGCAACUUUGGCAGAUCAAUUACGAUUGUAUAAACAUAUCGACAGAAUUACCGACGGUGUCAGAUAGCAACACGAUGAGAAUGACGGACACUGCGAUCGAAGAAACAUCCAUGUCCGAAAGUGGACAAUCGCCAGUGACAACAAUGACAACGGAAUUAAUGACAACAUCAAAUGCAUUAACAACGGAAUCAAUGACAGCAUCAAAUGCAUUGACAAUGGAAUCAAUGACAGAAUCAACUACGCAAAUAUCGGAUAUGAAUAGCACGGGAAGUGAAAGGCUAAGAGAAGUAGAGGAUAUAACAGAUAUAUUCGAAAUCAUUCCCCAAGGGUCAAUACCGAUUAAAUGACGAAUAAUUGUGAUUUCUGC